AUGGUGAAGACACGGAAUAAUAAUAAUAAUAAUGCUAAUACUAACAGUAAUCAUAUUAAUAAUAUUACUGAAGAUUCUAUGGAUGAUUUCGGCGGCGAUGAAACUGGUUCCCCAUACACUUCUGGAACAGACAGAAAACGUAGACGUGGAGUUAUUGAAAAACGCAGACGUGAUCGAAUUAACUGCAGCCUGGCAGAUCUUAAGCGUUUAGUACCAGAUUCGAAUUAUAAACCGGGUUCAGCUAAAUUAGAAAAAGCUGAAAUACUCCAGUUGACUGUUGAAUUCCUACAGAAACUUCAUAAAGAUGGUCAUGUACUCGGCUCAGAAGCACGAGCUGUUGAACUACGUCGCAUCGGAUUUAAAGAUUGUCUACUAGAAGUAACACGAUUAUUAUCAACAUACGAUGGUGUAAAUAUCUCUGGUCAAGAGUUAACUCGACACCUACUAAGUCAUCUUUAUCAAUGUGAAAAACAAAGAGACACAGAGGCAAAAACUUAUUUAGCUAAUAUUGCUGCUGUAGCAAAUUCUUUAAAUCAAACGUCUACAAAGAAUACACACUACCCUCAUCAACAAUAUUAUCACAGUCUUCAGGGGAAUUAUAUCUCAAACGAGUUGAAUAACUCAAAUGCCACAAAAUCAAAAUCCGCUAAAAUCAAUUCAAGCGCUUGUGAACACUUGGAAAAGUUAAACAAACUACCGACAACAGAUGCCUCUCUGAAUCCUUCACAAAUUAAAUUAUCGCAUCAGACCUAUCCAUAUACUAACUCAUCAUCAACAUCAUCAUCAUUCUACACCAAUGGUGGUAAUGCCUACACACCAUAUCAUCAUUAUACAGACUAUCAUAUACUUGGACAACAAAAUCCAUUCAAGCAUACACCGAAAGCGGAGGAGGAGAAAGGAGCUGAUCAAUUAUCCAACUUUUAUUUUCAAUCAGAUUCACUUUAUCCUAACUAUGAUGUUUAUGCAGAACAUAAUCCAGUAUAUCCUACAGGUAUGGGUCCAAAUGAAAGUCAAUCGACUUCAUCACCACCGUUUCGUUCAACACCGGAUGAUUCAGAUAUUGGUUUUAGUCCACAUUUAAAAAAUAAUCUAUCCGGAGUUAUUGGUAAUGAUGAAAUUGAAGAGGAAUGUGGUUAUUAUACUCGUGAAUGUACUGGCCACAUGACAGUAACACUGACAUCGUCGACAACAACAAUGACUACACCUUCAGCAGCAAAAACACUGUCUGCAGGAAAUUAUCAAGAGUCCAACUAUCUUAAUAAUAAUUAUGAUUAUACUUAUCCUAGAAAGAAUGAUGUUUGCAUGAAUUUAUCAGCUGAUUAUCAUCCAUGUUCUCCUGUGAAGUCGAAUUCAAUUCCUAUGCAUACCGGUGAUGUAUAUCCGAGACAUUUAACAAAUACCUACAAUAGUAACAAUAGCAAUAAUAACAUUGACAUGCUGUAUCCAAGUUACACGAAUGAAUCAUGGCGUCAGAUUAAUACAACAACAGACUUAGUACAGCAUAAAGAUUAUGCAUUUCAUUCACAUCUACCAUCAGCUGCAUUACAGAUGCAUGUACAUAGAAACCCAUCUACUGAAUCUUAUUCAGCAAAUACCCUGAAUGUCGACAUUACACCUGUUACUGCUAACACUAUUCUGGAGGGUACUUGUGAUAAAAAAAUGUUAGCAGAGUAAGAAAAGAAUUAAGGAUCAGUUUUCUGAUGAUCAGAUCUUAGGCUACAUAUAUGUAUAUUUCCUGAAAGAGACUUCACAGUUAUGAUUCAUUCACACAACAAGGAAACGUGCAGAAUAUUACGCAACCCCCGCCUCCCCAUUGUAUAGUCAUUUCAUGUGAAUUUUCUUUGUUUUUAAGACAAAAAAC